UUUGUUUUCAAAUGCUGCACCUCCUGAGCAAAAUCCUGGUUCAAAACAUUAAACUUCCUAACGUACGUAGUCUGAUUCAUCAUUUCAUCAAUGGAAUUCCCUCAGUUAGAGAGUAUAUAUAAGAGAGUGACUGUUAAUUAUAAUCGCACUAUUAAAAGAAACUGUCGCUCUAGAUAACAUUUCCAAGUACAUGUACAUAUCUAGCUGACCUGACUUAUUUUGCAAGAAAGGAGAACAGAGUUCGAAUUACAGAUUUUGGAUAUGACCUGCAGGGAUGGAAAAGCAUUCUUCAUAUUUCUUGCCGUGGUGACAGUAAUACCCCAGAAGUCGGUUCAAUGGGACCCGGAUGCUGGUAUGGUGACGUCAUGGACAAAGUAUCCGAGAGUUACAGUAAACGUAUCGUCCUCUUCCGGCACAUCUGAUCCAAGAUCAGUAGUGGAUGACAACGACAACACAAUGUGGGUUUCCGGAAGCUGCCUGCCGAGUGGCUUUGUGGGUGACCCAGAACUGAACCUGUUCCAUGGUCUUUGUGACAAUAACAAUUUAUGCUCGGUGUCAAAUAGUCCCGAUAUUUACAAAGCGACUGAUGGCAACCCAUCUUACACUGUAGCUACAAUUAACCCCGGACAAGAUUCCUCCGAGGCCAAGUUAGUGAUUAGUCUACCUCAACCCGAGGUGUUGAUGUUUCUCACUGUCUGGGGUAUAUACAACCACGGUACUACCAAGAUGUCUUUGUUUGACAGUAACAACAUUCGACGGGAUACAAGGUUGCUUGUAUCCGCUGAUAGCUACAAACAAAUUUCGCUUACCAACAUUUCUUACGCUGUCGCUAAGAUAGAGUUUAAUUCUAGUCAACAAUUUCAAAUCAAGGAAGUUGCUGCUCUUGGGAGCAAGGGAUGCAUCGCCAAACUGACACUGGAUCUCGGGGACACACGUAUGAUUCAAGCAAUUCGAUCACGACAUUGGGCUGGACAUAACACAGCCUCUGCCUUAAAAUUAAAGAUUUCUGAAUUCGGAAAUUCCUGGAUAUCGGUAGAUUUAGACCCAAAUGCCGUUAAUGCCGUUGUCACGCGUCUCUCAUCACUGACCAGAGGUCGUUUCAUCGCUUUUGAAUAUCGUCUUUAUCCGAAAUCUUAUAACAAAGUUUAUCUUUGGGAAGUGGAUGCAUGGGAUGAAAAUUCAAUUUGGGGAGCAAAAAUACCACCCAAACCUCAACAAUAUACCAUGCGAUCUCUGCUGGGAGUCAACGGAAUCUGGGGCUGGGGGAAUAACAAGUACAGUUCAUCACUACAACAAGGGGAGGGACCGACCCUCUACAACGCAGUGGCUUCUCACGCCAGGAACUACCACAAUAUGGACUGGGACGUCCUGGAUCCCGACAAUGACCCAGAAUAUUCUGAAAUGGGAGAAGGCAGGGGAACGAAUGCCAAGUCAUGGUUGAAUUGGGACACAGAGUACAGAGCCUGGAAAACUGCUAACCUAAAGGUUGAUGUAUCCGUCCAAUUCUCAAAUUUCCAGCAAUCAAGAUGGGAUAACCUAAAUGCUUCUGCUUUUAACUACGGGAAAGAAUUCGCAAAGCACUUUGGUUCUGCGGCCGGGAAUAAUUUAGUUGACGCAGUGGAAGUUGGAAACGAACCUUGGUCUUACGAUGCAGCGUUUUAUAAAGACCUUCUUCGAAGCAUGUCUGCAGGAAUAAGAAGCGUAGACUCCCAAAAUAAAGUUCUCCCUGGAGCAUUCCAAGCCCAUGAAAAGAGAUCUUCGCGUAAUUAUAUAGGAACUCGUAUAGACGCUCCAAUAGCUAACAACGUGAGUGUCAUCAAUUUCCAUACCUACAGCUAUGUCUCUAGUUAUACAGGGGCGAGGAUGGGGGUACAUCCUGAACACCCCGAGUCCUCCUUCAACAGCUUAACAAACAUGAUGAGAUGGAGGGAUGUUAACCUGCCCUCUCACCCGGUGUGGGUGACGGAAUGGGGGUGGGACGCGCCAUCAGGGACCGAAGCAUGUACAUUCCCGGAAUGUGUUACAGAGACUGCACAAGCUAUCUACGGACUGAGGGGACUUUUAAUUUUGUCUAGGAAUGCUGUAGACAGGGUCACUUGGUUUUUCUAUGCCAAUACACAAUGUGACCAUCUUUAUUGCAGAAGUGGUUUGACCGGCUCACCAACAACUGGCUUCAUCAAGCGUCCUGUGUUCCACGCCUUCAAAGUUUUACUUGAUUUUCUGGGCGACUAUUAUUUCCAGUACGCCCUGAAUGAGAGUCAAGAGAGCUACAUUUAUCUGUUUGGCGAAAAAGUGCACAAUCAGAAGCCAUUUGAUGAAGAGGUUAAAGUUAGGGGAGCCAAGUAUAUGAUACUGUGGAAACCGGAAGCUCUCGAAGAUGGCGGAUCUACUCCGUUGUUCUACGUGUUUCCACAUGGAACCAAUCCUGUUCACGCUGUGAGAUUUACCGGAACUAAUGUACCCUACGUAAUAGAACCCCUUCAUUACCAGUCUGAUAUUCAAGGCAAACUCACUUUGAACAUUACGUCAUAUCCGGUUUUAAUAGAACUUUCACAUAGUCCAGUAGCACCUGUCGUUGGAUUCUGAUCACUGACUUUAAAUGCCAUGUAUUAUAUUGAUCAUUUAUAUCAUUCUAGAACAGGUUUUAAAAAAUAUCAGUUGAUAUACACAAAGCUGUUUACAUUUUCGAGAUAAAUAGUUUGAAGUGGCAGUGUAAAAUAUACUCGUAAAAGACUAAUACAUAUAAUACAUGUACCGAUACAUGUGUCAACUUUAAUAAGUUUAUCUUAAAAACUUGUCGAUGUUACAAAUAAAAGAUUUGUUUCAAUCUGCUUCAAACUACUUCAUGUAUAUUAUAUAAUACAAGAUUUGUUUAUUGAGCGAAGUGAGCGUUAAAUACUAGUACAUGUGUUUAUAUUAUCUUAACAAAGAAGUCUUUUGGAUAUAAAAAAAAAAAUCUGACCCACUUGUACAAAUGACAAACAAUAAAAGCGGCGUGACCCUGAUGACUAGAACGUGGGUUUUUCGUAUAAUAGUCAAGUCUUUUUUUUUUUUGGUAAGCACAAAUUGAGUUAUUGCGUUGCCAAAAAAAUUCCAACAGGCAAAUAAACUAUAAGAUACAAUCAAAAUGUAUAUAGGAGCUUUCAAUAUACUACUUUAUCGAACUUGUUGUUGUCAUGGAAGUCAUGAAAUUGAUUUGAGUUAUCGUCAGUUUUUGAUAAAUGUGACAAAUGUUCAUGAAAUUUCCAUAAGCCUUUAUCAGCAAAUUUUUUUUGAACUUAAAAGGAGAAUAUACAUCAAAGUGGCAUAGUUCGUUGAAAAGUUCCUUUCGGUAUGAUAUACUGCGGCUUUUCAAAUUUAUUCUCUUACAUGCUGAACAAAUGAAGACCUUAUUAAAUUGGGGUCCCAGUCUUCUAGUUACAAAUCAAAACGCACAUACUGAUUUGAAAAUUUCAACAUUUUGUUGGAUUUCUUUACGAAUCUGAUGUUUUUGUCCCUUCCGUCAAUAUUUCACGCAGACCAAUCCAACAAUGCUGUUCUACAUGGAACUAAUUAUGUUCAAGCUGUGAGAUUUGCCGGAAAUGAUGUACCGUACGUAAUAGAAGCACUUCAAUACCAGUCUGACGUUCAAGACAAACUUUAUUUGAACAUUACUUCAUAUCCGGUUUUAAUUGAAUUGGCACAUCAACCAGUUAAGGAAUUUGGAUUCCAGUCAUCUAUAACUUUGAUACCACGUGUCAAAGUGUAAAAUGUACCUUGUAUAUAUGUACAUACAACCAUCAUCAUUUGAAUAAAACAAAAUGAAAGAAUGUUCUUGUUCCAUGCAGAGCUACUUACUUUACUUUUCCAUAUUAAAAGUAACGUGAUAAAAUCUAAAUAUCAUA